UACAACCAAUCAAUUUUGCAUACAAAAUUGUGGCUGCAAAAUCUUCCCGAUUUUCCAAAUGGAAGUGAUUUUGGGAAGCUCCGCCGCUUUUGCCGCCGCUCCAUCUUUCGCUGUCUGCUAUUCUCGCAGAAAUCCCACUGCUCACUCUUCCGAGGUGCUUCUCUUGAACUAUUAUCCUGUAAAGAAUUGUGGAAGCUGGUAUUUGAAGAGUAAAGAGCAAAGUUCUGCAAUUUGUUUCUCAUCACAGUCUGCUGAUCGGAGCAACGCAUUCAAGAAUUUCCCCCGGUCGUUUUGGUGGCUCAAUAAGAGACUUGCACUGCAUUGCAGUUUCUUUGGCCUCAAGGCUGAAUGCAUUCCCAGGCUCAGGAAAAUUUCCAUCAGCCUACAGAAAGAAGUGAAACGUGUAGAAACCAUUAACAAUGUCGUUCCUUCGUUUUCUCUCCAUCUUAUAGCUGGAGUGAUGCUUUUCAUGACACUAGGCGUCUCAGUCGCUAAAACUCCGUCAUGGGCCCUUACCGAAGAAAAUCUUCUAUUUUUGGAAGCAUGGAGAGCAAUAGACCGUGCUUAUGUCGAUAAGACUUUCAAUGGGCAGAGUUGGUUUAGGUAUAGAGAGAACGCACUGCGCACUGAACCUAUGAACACAAGAGAAGAGACUUAUGCUGCUAUAAGGAAGAUGGUUGCUACUCUAGAUGACCCUUUUACUAGGUUCUUGGAGCCUAAAAAGUUUAAGAGUCUGCGGUCAGGAACACGGAGCACUCUUACUGGAGUCGGGCUAUCUAUAGGGUACCCUAAGAAAGAUACAUCGGAUUCUGGACUAGUGGUUAUUUCAGCUGCUCCGGGAGGUCCUGCUUUCAAGGCUGGAGUUUUAUCUGGGGAUUUUAUUCUUGCAAUAGAUGAUAAUAGUACAGAAAGCAUGGAAAUAUAUGAUGCUGCUGAGCGCUUGCAGGGACCAGAAGGAAGUAAAGUGGAGUUAGCUGUACGCCAUGGUUCUGAGACAAGGCGCCUAUCCUUAAUACGAGAGAAAGUUUUAUUAAAUCCAGUGAAGUCCCGAGUAUGCAGACCUACUGGUUUGGGAGAGGAUGGUCCUCUGGUUGGAUAUAUAAAACUUACAUCAUUCACCCAAAAUGCUUCUGGUGCUGUGAGGGAAGCAAUUGAAACAAUGAGGGGGAACAAUGUAAAUUCCUUCAUACUGGACCUCCGUGAUAAUAGUGGCGGCCUGUUUCCUGAAGGAGUAGAAAUUGCUAAAAUUUGGUUGGACAAAGGUGUGAUCGUAUACAUCUGUGAUAGUCAAGGAGUUAGAGAUAUAUACGAGACAGAUGGAAGCAAUGCAACAGCAGCCUCAGAACCCCUAGUUGUGCUGGUCAACAAAGGAACUGCGAGUGCAAGUGAAAUUCUAGCCGGUGCUCUCAAGGACAACAAGCGAGCCGUCCUCAUUGGAGAACCUACAUAUGGAAAAGGUAAAAUUCAGUCAGUUUUUGAGCUCUCUGAUGGUUCUGGCUUGGCUAUAACUGUUGCCCGUUACGAAACACCUGCCCACAUCGACAUUGAUAAGGUUGGGAUAAUUCCAGACCGGACCCUACCUGUUUCAUUUCCUAAAGACGAAGAUAGUUUCUGCGGCUGCCUUCAAGAUCCUGCAUCUGCUUGCUACUUGAACAAGGUUGAGCUAUUCUCUAGAUGAUGUUUGCUGAUAAGAUUAUUUAUGAUUUCUUCAUUCUUUUGAACAAAAUUCAUUGCAUGAGCUAGGCUUACUAGGUUAGAUGGUAUUUAAAGGCGAUGGUAUAUUUUUCCGUCACUGUAAACUCACAUGGAAGCAUUUAACGAAGACAUCGAAUUAAGUCGAUCGAUCUA